AUCCCCCACGCCACACUCUCCAAUGGCUACCAAAUCCCAAAAGAAGAAGCUUUCCGGCCCCAACCCCUCUAUCGAGGCCAAGCCCCCCACCCCCAAACAAAAGCCCAACCCUCCAAAACCUGCGGAAAAGCAAGCGACAACGACGGCGGCGAUGAAGCCGAAGAAGCAGAAGGUGACCAACGAGAUCGACGACAUCUUCCAGGCCACCAAGCCCGACAAGAAGCGCAAGCCGCAGGAGGAAGGGGAAGUGGCCGAGGGGGACAAGAAGCCCAAGAAGAGCAGGGCCGAGGGGGCUAGCAAGAAGAGCAAGAAGGAGAGUAGGGGCAAGGGCGGUGAGCCGGGCCACGAGGAGGUUGCGCAGAAGCGGCCGCGGCGGCGCACGAACGACGGGCUCACCAUUUACUCCGCCGAUGAGCUCGGGUUCGGCAAGGCCGACGCCGGCGGCUCCGCGCUCUGCCCCUUCGACUGCGCCUGCUGCUUCUGAGCUUUCAGGGGCCACGGUAGGCCCGAGGUUAUGUGAUCAGGUUACAUCGUUGUGGUGUGUUGUAAUGCUCGGUUGAUUGGAUAACUAUAUGCCUAUAUGGUUAG